AUGGAUAUUAUAGGACUCGGCAACGGCUAUUUGAGGAUGGGUUGUGCAGAGCUUCUGUUAUAGCUAUUUGCUCUGUGUGGAAAUCACCGCCACCGUGGAAGAAAACGGCAGCUCAUGGCACCAGGCCUACACGAACUCGGGCUCCAGCCCCCUUCCAGCACCACCUGAACACUUGUGCAAGGCCUGCGGAGGCCAGUUUGACACUGUAAGAACGCAUGUCUGCGUGGACUGCAAGAACAGCUUCUGCGGCCGCUGCUCGGUGCAGGCUGAUCUCCAUCCGCGGAUGUGCUUCACCUGUCAGCGGCUUCACUGCACCUUCUUUGAGCGGGCAGACUUGAUGAGGCUGAAGGUGAAGGACCUGCGGGACUAUCUCCAUCUGCACCAAACCCCCACGCAGAUGUGCAGAGAGAAGGAGGAGCUGGUGGAGCUGGUGCUGGAUCAACAGGCUCCAAGAGGCAGCAGCGGUGGUGGCGCACAGUCCCGCUCACAGCCGUCACAGCCUCCUCUAGCUGAAUCUGAAGCCCUCACAGAGGAAGAGGAUGAAGACGAGGAGGAGGAAGAUGAAGAGGAAGAAGAGGAAGAGGAAGAAGAAGAAGAAGAGGUAGAAGGAGGGGAUGGAGCUGUAGAUGGAGAAGGAGAAGAAGAGGGUGAGGAAGAGGAUGAAGAUGAUGAGGAAGAGUCGACAGACAGUGAGGAGACGCUGGUGCACAGCAGAAGAGCCUCUCUGUCAGAUCUGAGCAGCGUGGAGGACAUCGAAGGCCUCAGUGUGCGGCAGCUAAAGGAGAUCCUGGCACGCAACUUUGUGAACUAUCAAGGCUGCUGUGAGAAAUGGGAACUAAUGGAGAAGGUCACCCACCUCUUUAAUGAUCAGAAAGACCUUCACAACUUGGUUUCAAAUACAAAUACAGAAGCAGCUGAUCCUGCGGAGCCCAGCGGACAGGAGGAGAACCUGUGUAAGAUCUGCAUGGACUCUCCAAUUGACUGCGUGUUGCUGGAGUGUGGACACAUGGUCACAUGCAGCAAGUGUGGAAAACGAAUGAACGAGUGUCCCAUCUGCCGCCAGUAUGUGGUUCGAGCCGUGCACGUCUUCAGAUCGUGAAAUUUGGGUGCAAAGACACAGAUCGGCCCCCUGCAGGUUGUUUUCUGAUAAUGUUCCAUUUUGCCUCUUUGUUUAUCAGUUUACAUUAUUAAAUGCACUUUUUGUUUUUUUAUUGUUGCAAUGGUGCGGCUUAGAAGUUAUUUGCACUUUUAUUUAGGCUUUGUUUUUUUUAUUUCCAUAAUACAACAUUUUUAUUUCACGGUUUCUAUUUCAUUUCAUGGUUUGGUCAUAUAUAUAUAUGAGCAAACAAUGUUUAAAGUUGUAUUGAAGACACAUGUUCAUUGGAAGUUUACACAAAAAUGAAACCUUCCUGAUUAUUUAC